AUGAUUCUCGUGUCUCUCCUCUUCUUCCUCGGCUGCACCGCCGCAGCGCAGGCCACAGACAUCGACCCAGUACCCAGACUUACAAGCCGCAGUGGCACAUACUCUGGAAAUGGCUGCCCCCAGGGAUCGGUAGCAACCUCCAUCAGUACUAGUAAUAGCACUACAGGGACUUACCAGCUGCUCAUUUCACUGGACCGCGCUAUACCCUCCAUCGGCCCGGGGUCAAUUCCCAGCGACAAAAGCAAGCUUUGCAGCCUGAAAAUCGACCUGGGCCUCCCGGCAGGGUGGAGAGCGCGGCUCGGCGACGGCGGGCUCGACUUCCGCGGCUGGUUUUACUUGCCAGACAAUAAGACAACGGGGACAAUGAGCGCGCAGUAUUGUUUCGCUACAAAUGAUAAUGAUGUGACUAAAUUCACUAACUCAUCACCUCGCAAUCAGUCGUCGUUCAUUUUUUCCAUCGUCGGGCCAUUGGUUGGGUCCUUCGUCAACCACACAGAGAGCAGCUCGGGCGCCCAUUCAGGCCCCUGUGGAAACGGGACGUUGAAUGUGGUGAAGAGGAUUUCCGCGACAUCCAGGAGCGCGAGUUCAGGCUCAGACGGCUACGUCGGGCCGGACCCAGACCCGAGCGAGCAGGUGUGGACUUUUGUCAGCCGGAUGCAAGUGCUCAAGUGCUGA